AUGAAUCUGCUCGACAGUGAAACCCCUGAGCCCAGGAAGUCGACCCUUACGAGUGAACUGACGAAAUUGCGGAAAGAAAUAGCGGAGGAGGAGUCCAAACUGGGAGUGCUGGAGGAUGCCGUGGAGACGUACAGCGCGAACCUCACCUGCUUACAUAACGAGUACGCCUCAAAUGUGAGCCACGUUGUGAGCUUCUACGAGAUCCAACUCCGCCCCUUUCAGCAGGUCGUGUACGCCGCGGACGAGCAGCAGAGCCUGAUUCAGAUGCAAAUUGACUGGCUAGAGAAGAAGAUCGUCUUGCAAGAGAAGUGCACGCGGGAGGGGCAGUUUCUCGAGGCGCGCGAUAUGCGCCCCGCCGCGGAGGCGCUUCUCAAGCACGCCCGCCAGCAACUCCUCCGCAGCUACGCGGCGAUCCAGGAGUGCCCGAAGAAGGAUCUUAUCACGAUGCGCAACUACGAAUGCCCGCCGGAUGAGAGCAUCGAAACGAUGCGGAUGGUGAUGCGUCUCCGUGGGGAGGAGAACUUCUCCUGGACCGCCUCCCAGGUCUACAUGACGGAGAACUACUUCACCGGGUUCUUCAUCGCACGGUCGGAGACGCUGUUGAAGACGUUCGACCUCCUCCCAGAGGAUCGGAUGCUCGCGUUGGAGGCGUUUUGUCGGAAUCCCGCGCAUGACGUGCGUGCGCUUUUUCGCUUGAGUACGCCGAUUGGCUGCCUAGGGCAAUGGCUGCGCGCGAUUCGUGAUCACUACCGCGUGAAACUCGUCACGGCGCCGGUGCUCUUGACGGAUACCUCGCUCCAGCACACCGAGGAGGUGCGGGAGUUCCUCGCUUACUGCACCUUUGGCGCGCAAAAAGAUCAAUUCACCGCGGAGGAAACGGAGGUUCCCCCCACGGCAGGGGCCUCCGAGGAGCUCCCGACGGAGGCUGUAGCGGAUGGCGUGGGCGGCGAGCCCGCCGCGGACGCGGAGGAGAAUCCGGCAAAGCAGCGGCUGGAGCGGCAGGCGCGGGAGAUGAUGGAGGCGUACCGGGGGACAAAAAAACGCCUCGCGCAGUUCACGCAGCCCGUGGUGGUGAAUCAAGUCGCCGUGCGCAAACUCCGGCAUCACCUCAAUUUUAUCAAGGAAAAUAGUCGCGAGGCGCGGGAAUCGAUGGAAACCAUCGAGCGCGAGGCCAUGGGUAAGCUGGCGGAAUUACGGAAAAAGUACGAUGGAACGAUGGUCCCACUGGAAGGGAAACUCGAAAAGAAGGUGGGUGAUUUUGUGAAAGUCCUCCAUGGCGAACCAUUGGAAAAUUCAUGUAGUUAG